AGAAUAUGAGGUGGAAGUGGAAAGUGAGAAAUUAGGAAAAAAUGGGGAGGGUUGAGAGCAGGAAACAAAGGAGGUUGAAUUCGGGUUAGCCACGGCGUCUAUUGGAUGGGAUGGGAGCAGGAAUAUGCGCUCAUUCUAUGUGGAAGAUUCGUGACUCAUGCGCAUCUUCCUCUCUCUUAUUCUCUUUUCUCUUCUCUUUCUUGUCCGAAUAUGACUUCCGCCUUCCAUAUAACUGAACAACCACCACCACCUUCUUCUUCUCUUAUACAAUAACCCAAACUCCUCUUCUCUGCUCCGACGCUCCGCCACAUCUUCCCAGAAUCAAGCAACAUAUUCAGUUGCUGAGGGCACGCUCAUUUCAAUUAAUGCCAGCAAAUUCAUGCUGGCAAUCAACUUGAUUGAAUUUAUUUCUGAAAAGCUUAUGAGUCCCCAGACUAUAUUGAACCGAAGCAGAACCCUCGAGGGUGUCCAUGGGGUGCAUGUGGUGCCUCAUUCACCAUUUGCAUUGGAGGCAACUACCGAAAAUGGGGACUUUCCUCAGUCAUUCAGUAGAAGCUCAGCUAUUGAAGCAAAUCAGCGUUUAUUGAUGCAAUGGGUAUGGCACCAUAGACCAGCCUGUUUGAGGCCCAUCCAAGGGUGUUGUAUUCAAGGUGAUCAGAAUCUUGCAGAAACGGUGGCUAAUGUGCUUACUUCACUUCCUUUUAUAGCUCUUGGAAUCCAGGCCCCAAGGAAGAACCUCCAUACUAAGCUGUAUGCUAAUUCGUUAAUUGGAGUUGGAAUUGUCUCAAGUUUGUACCACUCUUCAAGAGGAAAACUGAGGCACUUUUUGAGAUGGACGGAUUAUACAAUGAUAGCCACAGCAACAGUAUGUCUAUCAAGAGCUCUCAGAGAUGACAACCCAAAGUUACUGAUGGCUGCAUCCGCAUUUCUUCUACCUGUCCAACCUCUAAUGGUUUCUGCAGUUCAUACUGGGAUGAUGGAGGUAGUAUUCGCUAAAAGAGCAUCAAAAGAUCCAGAUCUGAGGAUGGCACACAACGUGCAUAAGAUGUCAUCAUUGUUGAGUGGUGUACUCUUUGUUGCAGAUGAUGUUUUUCCUAGGACUCCAUUCAUUCAUGCUGCCUGGCAUCUCGCCGCAGCUGUUGGUGUUGGCACCUGUAAUAAGCUUCUUGAGUAGUAGUAUAUAUAUGUAUAUAUAUUUGGAAUCAAUUCCUUGUAAUCAAUUCACCCAGCGAUUAAAGCUAGAUCACAUAGAUCUUCAAACUUCACAUAUCAUUGGAGGGAUUUGUUCUCUUGGAUCGGGUGGGUGGCUGCAGUUCAUGGGUUCAACCUGCAUUGGUCCUGAAACUUUCUAUGUACUUUCUCCAACUGUCCUUUUUGUUCUCUAGAAUAGCUAUGUAAUUUUACUGGGGAUGGAAUAUUUCCUGCAGAACACUGGCAACUAUUGUACAUUUGGGAUCAAUAGUGAGCACUGUCAAAGAGAAGAAAUAUUUCAUGUACUUCUAAAUUCUAUUAUUUCUUGCAAAUGGGAUGAUCAUUAUAAGUGCUAAAUGGAGGCACGCUUAUAAAUCUUUCAAGGAUUUACAUUGAA